GCCCACUUGUAGAGAGAGUGAAGGAAAGGAAAACAGACAGAUAACACACACACUACUAGCUCCAGGAAGGGGGGGAGAAGAACACAAAAAGCUCAGAGAUGAGGCUUGGUCACACACACGGCUUGGAAGGUUACAGCUGAGAAACAAACAACAUCCUCCCUUCUGGGCUGUACUUGAAGCCUGGGACCUUGUAUCAAGCAGGGGGAACACGUUGAGCCAGAGGCAUCAGUGGGAGCAGCUAUUAUGUAUGCCAACGGAAAAGUGGCUCUGGUGACUGGAGCAGCUCAAGGCAUUGGCAGGGCUAUGGUGGAAGAACUUCUGCAGAAAGGGGCUGUGUUGGCUCUAGUAGAUCAAAAUUGCAUAGCAGGUGACUUGUGCAAAGCUUCCUUGGAUGAACAGUAUGGAAGUCAUAGGACAUUGUUUAUCCAGUGUGACGUCACAGAUCAGGAGCAGCUAAAAGAUGCUUUUCGGAAGACAGUGGAACAUUUUGGAAGGUUAGACAUACUUGUCAACAACGCCGGUGUGAAUAAUGAAAAGGACUGGGAAAAAACAAUUGAAGUUAAUUUGACUUCAGUUAUUCGAGGAACCUAUCUUGGAUUAGAAAUUAUGAGAAAAAACAAUGGAGGUCAUGGAGGAGUAAUAAUCAACAUAUCAUCUCUGGCUGGUCUUACACCUGCUGCCUAUCAACCAGUUUACUCGGCUUCAAAACAUGGGGUUAUUGGAUUUACACGAUCAAUAGCUGCCCUAGCUUCCAUUGGAAAUUAUGGAGUACGGAUUAAUUCUGUCUGCCCAGCCUUUGUUGACACACCACUUCUAGAAUCUAUUGAAAAGGAAGAAAACAUGGGGGAAUUGUUCAAGUACAAAGAUAGAAUAAAAGAUAUGAUGAAAUGCUAUGGAGUUUUAGAUCCAUCACUUAUUGCCAAAGGAAUGAUAGAUCUUAUAGAAGACGAUGCGUCCAAUGGGGCCGUAAUGAAAAUUACAACUUCCCGGGGGAUUCACUUUGAAGAAUUUGGGGUCCAACAAAAGACAAAAAUAUAAAAGUAUUUUUGAAACAAACUUAACUGACAUUGUCUUAGAGUGUUGUUUACUAAGCUCCGAAUACCAGAUAUUCCCUGAAAUCCGAAAAAUUCAUGAUUUUUUUUUUUAUAAAUUUUUCGGAAUUUAUUAAAAAG